AAACAUAUCAUCUAUAUGCAGACACACAGGCUACUGGUCUUUCUCAGCAUUGCUGAUGUAAAAUCUUAAUUUUUAGUUUUCCAUUAUUUUACUGUAGUAUAGAGUCAUGGAGACUGGCACAAGCAUAUCAUCAAUGCAUGGUGAAAAGCCAUACAUGUCUGUUUACUUGCCUAAACCACCGACUAGGAUAGUUGCCUAUACAGAGCAAACAUUGAAAGCUCCGCAAAGUGCAUUACGUGGGGUGGUGGUUGACGCUAGAGAACCAGUCGAACCAAAAUCUCGCAGAAAAAUCCGAAUGUAUUCAGUUGGGUCAACAAAUCGGUGGCGUUCACCCAUGUCACUAGGUGGUGACUUACUUGGUUCAUCUCAAGCCAUUAAAGCGAUAUCUGCCACGAAGAACAGCACAGUGUUUCGUGCUAAAACAGCUGAUACACCUCAAUUAUCGGUUGCCAAGGAAAGCGACUUGCUUGGCAGUGCAUGGGGUCGUUCACCUUUGCCCUCACGACCUUUCACUUCUCCUUCUCGUGCUGAAAUGUCACAUGACCGAAGGUUUCCGCCGUUGACCUCCGAACGACCCCCCUCACCCCCCAAGACAGGGAUGUCGUUGCAAGUCAGAACACCAUAUGCAUCAUCGGCUAAAACAUCUCGUACUCGAUUCAAGAAUCCGAUCAAAGUUUUGGAAAUGUUUGCAAGACUUGCCAACCAAGAUCGUGAGCCAGACGUCCGUCUACAUUGUCUUGACCAAGUCUGGCAAUUACAUCGCCCUUAUAUGGUUAAAUCAACUGUUCUGGAAAAAUUGCUUUCGAGUGUCAAUUCACAGAAGAAACAGCGUGUUUAUAAAGAUGAAACCUCACAAAAAGUUGACUCUUUUAUCUCUGACAGUGAAAUCUACAGCAGUGAGUACAAAGAGGUCACAAGAAGACUAACUUCAAAAGACGUAGAAGAAAUUCGAAUGAAAACAAAAUCUCGUGGCACAGUAACUCACCCUGUGGUAGAUGUGGUUUUACAAAUAUCAGACCCAUGGGUUACCAGACAUGCGCUUGCAAUUGGUUUGGGACAUUUGUACUUGGAUGAGACCAUUAUAGCAACUGGUGACGCAGUAGAGACACUAGCCACUGCUUGUAACUUGGACUUCCGAACCCUUAUCAGUGCAUGCUGUGAUGUUAUGAUUACCAACCUGGCUUCUGACACUGUGUGUGUUUAUUUAGAAGCAGCAGUGAGGUAUGAACAACCCACUAUUAUAUCAGCAUGUGAGAGAUGGCUGGAAUUGAACCUCGUGGCCCAACUGUCAUCAACCAUAUACCUAAGGGAUGUACCAGCACAUACACUUGAUAAGAUUCUAAAAUCCUCACGUUUGUUCACCUACAAUGAAUACUCACUGUACAAGACACUUUGUUAUUGGCUUUUCAUGCAAAUGCAUCCAAAUAUUAUGUUCAUGCCAGCCCAGACUUCAGUCAUGACAUACUUUAGCAGCAUGACUCGAAGCAGUGCUUUCUUAGAAAGAGAAGAAGGAAUAAAGUACAGCACAGCAUUCGGUUGCUUGCGAUUACAUGGAAUAACUGACACCAAGCACUUGCAAGACGUUAUGUUCAUGAACAUUGUUUCACAAUCUUGGUUACUUCGUGUAUUCAGCCAUCACUACCAUGCAUUACAAGGUGGAGGUGACAUGAGCUUCUUACUUAACUUUUCGCUUGGAGCAAGCAGAUUUGGAUUUAUAUUAGAACAAGAGCCAGGUUAUCAUUCAGAGAUUAUCUCCUUGCAUGGAUUUCACUUUGAAGCUAAAACUCAACGACAAGGAAACACCAACAAUUACAUCGUGUAUCUGCAGCGUCUCCGUCCCACCGACCCAUCGUUGUCGUUCCGCGCUUGCGAACGCGCGACUUUUUCGAUGCGACGUGACCGCUUGGUGCGCUAUAACCUCACCGUCCAGCACCUCACUAGCGACUCUACGUGGCGGAACGUGACGUCCGGAGUGAUCGAGCAAAGAUUCGGCCUUGAUCAAAAAUCCGCUAAGAGUCAGGUGCUACGUGUCACUGACGUCAUCACCCCGAUCUACGUCUCGUUUGCCAUUUUCUUUCCGCCGUCUUAAAGAUUUCGUCAUCAAUUACGUCAUAGUGUUAAACGUCCUUAGCUUUUAUGUUUGGUUGGAUUUUUUGCCAAAUCACCCAAAAGUGUUAAUAUUUAUAUAUUACUGCGGGGUAAGAUGGGAAACCGUUAGCACCUAAAUCUCAUAGUUUCGUAUCGUAUAUUUUAAACACCCAACAACGUUUAAGAGUAGUUUAAUUAUGUAAAAUUUUUGUUUCAACCAUAAACGAAAAAAUAGAUUUACAUGUCCCAUCUUACCCCACGCUACUGUAUUCGCCUGUUGAAAUUUCCUUUUCAAUGAGAAUAUUAAAAUAGUUAUUUUAGGUUUAUAAU